AUGCUGAUUUGCGCGCUCCUACUGGCAACUGCGUCGUAUGCUAUAUGCCUCCACCAUUCCGACCACCAGGCGGGAUUCCAGCCACUAAAUGGCACACAUCGCAUUAUCGCAAACAUUAGAAGCGCCGCGGGCGCACGAAAAGCCUUCUUGAGCCCCCUGGAUAGAUCAUCCAGGCUAAAUGCAGUGUCUAACUCAGGGCUGGGCCAAGCGCGUCUCACUGAGCCGCAUGGCGGCCGACAGCGCUUCCAAUAUAUACAGGCUGCGCCUGCUGACUGUAGCGAUAUGGAAGUUCCUCUGCAUCGAUACAGGAAUAUCGGUAUUAUAGCGCAUAUUGACGCGGGGAAGACCACUACUACGGAACGCGUAUUGUAUCUCACCGGCGUCAGCUACAAGAUCGGCGAAGUGCAUGAUGGUAUAGGCGAGGCGAUCAUGGACUAUAUGCCACAGGAGCGCGAGCGUGGCAUCACAAUCACGGCCGCUGCCACGACGUGCUUCUGGAAGGGCGGAUAUCGCAAGUUCCCACAGCAUCGCAUCAACAUCAUCGAUACGCCCGGCCACGUGGAUUUCACUGUUGAGGUGGAGCGUUCAUUGAGGGUGUUGGAUGGCGCUGCAGCUGUUUUCGAUGGUGUUGCUGGCGUCGAGCCGCAGUCUGAAACUGUCUGGCGGCAAGCGAAUAAUUACCAAAUCCCACGUAUCGCAUAUGUUAAUAAAAUGGACCGACCAGGUGCCAGCUUCGAGAAGUGCGUCAAAGAAAUGGAGGAAAAACUUGGAGCUACACCGGUACCUGUGUUUAUUCCCGUGGGUGCAGCAGCCACCUUUCAGGGCGUGGUUGACGUGAUCAGGCGCAAAUUCUACAAGUUCGAUAAGGAUAAAGACAGUUUCGAUUACACCCAAGCGCCGGUACCGGAUGACAUGCAGGAGGAACUCCAGCACUACAGGACGCACAUGUUAGAUUACGCUGCACAGGCCAGUGAGGAGCUCCUGGAUAAAUAUAUCACCAAUGGUGAUUUAUCGGAGGAGCAGAUCCGCAGCGGCCUCCGCAUCAUGACCCUGGCCAACCGUAUCGCACCCGUCUGUGCUGGGAGCUCCCUGAAGAACAAGAACAUACAGGGAUUCCUAGACAUGAUCGUCGACUACCUCCCGUCGCCAUGUGAAGCUAACAAAAUGUGCAUCCACGCAAAUAAGGACGAGAGCGUGGCAAGCCUCGAAUCCAAUUCGCAGACUAACGCAAAGGAGACCAAGGAGAUACAAGUGACCUUCGACACCAACGAUUUCAACCUGCCGUUCGCCGCCUUGGCCUUCAAGAUAUCGCACGAUACACAAAUCGGUACCCAAGCGUACAUCCGAGUGUACCGGGGCCAAGUGAACGUUGGAGAUGUUGUCUACAACCCACGUACGAAGAAGGGUAACAAGGUGCAGAAGUUGCUGUUUAUACACUCAAACGAACGCAAGCACCUGAAGACGGCACAUGCUGGGGAUAUAGUCUCUCUGGUGAGCGACUUCGCCGCAACACUAAUAUCACAACAGGUCGGCGUGAAGGACGUGAUAACUGGUGACACUCUGUGCAACGAGCGGGAUGAGCUGCUGUUGGAAUCCAUUGACUUCCCGGAGCCGGUGAUAAGUCUUAAGGUGGAACCCGAGGAUCCCAACGAGCUGGAACGGAUGUGCGAUGUCUUCCGCAAGUUCAUGAAGGAAGACCCGUCGUUCCGUAUGCACAUGAAACCUGAAACACAGGAAACAAUCAUCAGUGGCAUGGGUGAACUGCACUUGGACAUUAUCGUGGAUCGGAUGCGGCGUGAGUACAACCUGGCAGUGAGGACAGGCUCUCCUCAAGUGGAAUUCAAAGAGACGUUCGUCAAAGCUGUACACGCAGAAGGACGUUAUGUGAGGCAAUCGGGUGGUCGUGGACAGUAUGGCCACGUGAAGCUGUAUAUUGAACCGCUUGAACAGGGUGAAGGCGUGCAGUUCCGCAACAACAUCACUUGCGGGGCUAUUCCGCAGGAGUUCAUUCCAGCUGUUGAAUCCGGAGCUCGCCAACAGUUCCAGGAGGGUCUGCUGGCCCAUUACCCCGUCACCGACGUGCGUGUUACGCUGCUCGACGGAACCUUCCACAUCGUGGAUAGCUCCGAAUUCGCCUUCCACACCGCGACAACGAUGGCCGUUCGUGACGCCGGUAGAGACGCGGGUGUCAAGCUGCUCGAGCCCAUAAUGAAGGUGAAUGUAGUAUGCCCGUUGGCAAACUUCGGCACUGUAAGAGGGGAUCUGCUCCGUCGUCGUGGCCAGGUGCACACCAUUAAGGACGGCUUCGGCGGGGUCAAGGAGAUAUCUGGAACCGUACCACUGCAGGAGAUGAGCGGAUACAUGACGGAGCUGCGUUCUAUGAGUCAGGGGCGCGGUUUUUACACCAUGCAAAUGUCCCACUACCACCCGGUACCUCCAGUAGUACAGGAGAAGAUUGUGGACUCUAGUCUAAAGCGAACAACCUGA